UCCUCGGUUCCGCUCAUCUGAACGGACGCAUUCCUCUCCGCCGACCUGUGACGACUGGUCGGUUCAUAUCUGUCCAGUCUGAUUACAGCGGAAUCGCUCAGCUGCACUUAACAGUAAUAUUAUAAUAAAAUAUAAAUAUUAAUAGUAAUAUUAUAAUUAUAAUUAGCAUAAUGAGUGAAAAAUGUUCACCUGAGGAUGAUGAAGUCCUAAUAGACUUGGUGAGGCAGCAUCCACCAUUAUAUAGUGUUGCCGGCAAAAGUUAUAAGGAUUUGGUCGUAAAAAACAACAUUUGGAAGGAAAUAGGUGCGAAAAUGAAUAAAAAGGAAAAAGUGUGCCAAAUAAGGUGGAAAAAUAUCCGCGAUUAUUACCAAAAGAAGAAACGCGAGGUAAUAAAAGCACAGAAAACUGGUUUAGCCAGGAACACAAAUGUGAAAAACUUUGGUGCCAAGUACAAACAUUUAAGCUUCCUGGACAAUACCUCAAUCGUAGAGAGAAAGUCAAUUAGUAAUAUCAAUGAAGAAAGUAACUCACAAAAUCAGCAAUCAGAUAAUAUUUCCACUGAAUCACAAGACGUAUUGGAUGAAUCACAAGCAGCUGUAAGUGAUAUAGAGGAUUCUCAAGAGAUGGUUGACUCCCAAGUCUCUCCGGUUACUGAGGUCUUUCCCAAUACGCAAGAAUCUCACGAGAACCAACCUACAGCAGUGGAAGAAUCUUUCAUAUCCCCAACUACUACAUCCCAACGCAAAAGAAAGUCUAUACCAAAAGAACGAGGUGCUGCAGUAGUAAAAGAAAUUAAAAAAGGCCGAAUUGAAAGAACCAAGUUGAUGAAAGAGUUGCUAGACUUAAGUAAUAACAAAACAAAAGAGGAUGACACCGCACUUUCAACGUUCUUUCGUAGUAUUGCUUUAACAGUUGAACAACUUCCUCCAGACUUACAAACAACAGCAAAAAUUAAGGUAAUGCAAGUCAUUUCUGAACUAGAGUUUCAACACCAGCAAAGAAGCAUGAUAAACCAUGAUUUCCGAUCUGCUUCAACUAGUAGCCAAUCAGGAACCUCAAGUGCAGCUUUCUACUUCUAA